GCCCCCUGCCUUCAGAGCAGGAGAGAUUGCUGUUCCUGGAAGAAAGACGUUUUCUCGUUGGUUUUUCUUGCACGGAAUACACAGUAGAGGUCUUCUCUCUGUGAAAUGGGGUUUGAGGAAUUGGGGAACGGGAAGGAGCGACGAUGGGGGAUUCGGAGCUUGUUGAGGAGGAAGCAGGUGGAUUCCGAUCGGGUGAAGACGCAGGAGGGAGGUCACCAGCUCGCUAAAGAACUCUCUGUUCUCCAGCUCGUUGCAAUAGGUGUUGGUUCAACGAUAGGUGCAGGUGUCUAUGUUCUAGUUGGAACUGUUGCUAGGGAGCACGCUGGUCCAUCUUUGGUCAUUUCCUUCCUGAUUGCUGGAGUAGCUGCUGCACUAUCAGCAUUUUGUUAUGCAGAGCUUGCAAGUCGUUGCCCUUCUGCUGGAAGUGCCUAUCACUAUUCAUACAUUUGUGUUGGAGAGGGAGUUGCAUGGCUGAUUGGUUGGGCUCUAAUCCUUGAAUAUACUAUAGGUGGUUCAGCUGUUGCACGUGGCAUAUCUCCAAAUUUGGCCUUAUUUUUUGGAGGACCGGAUAGUUUGCCUUAUUUUCUGGCAAGAGUUUACAUACCGUGGCUUGACGUGGUUGUUGAUCCAUGCGCUGCAGUUCUUGUUCUGAUUGUUACUGGUCUUCUUUGUGUGGGAAUUAAAGAGAGCACAUUUGUACAAGCUAUCAUUACUUCAUUGAAUGUAUGUGUUAUGCUUUUUGUCAUCAUAGCUGGUGGAUACGUUGGAUUCAAGGAUGGAUGGGUUGGAUAUAGUGUUGCGAGCGGAUUCUUUCCCUAUGGAGUGAAUGGCAUGCUUGCCGGUUCAGCUACAGUUUUCUUUGCAUAUAUAGGUUUUGAUUCAGUUGCAAGCACAGCUGAGGAGGUGAAAAAUCCGCAGCGUGACUUACCAUUGGGGAUUGCAACAGCUCUAUCAAUAUGUUGUUUCUUGUAUAUGAUGGUAUCGGUUGUUGUCAUUGGCCUAGUGCCAUAUUUUGCCAUGGAUCCGGACACUCCAAUUUCAUCUGCAUUUGCCAGACAUGGGAUGCAUUGGGCCAUGUAUGUCGUCACUGCGGGUGCUGUACUUGCUCUUUGCUCGACUUUGAUGGGAUCAAUUCUUCCGCAGCCAAGAAUACUCAUGGCAAUGGCGAGAGAUGGAUUAUUACCAUCGUUCUUUUCAGAUGUUAAUGAAAGAACCCAAGUUCCUGUCAAGAGCACCAUUGUCACUGGGGUUGGUUCAGCUGUUCUUGCUUUUUUUAUGGAUGUUUCCCAGCUAGCUGGAAUGGUUAGUGUUGGAACACUACUUGCCUUCACCAUGGUUGCAAUUUCAAUUUUGAUACUUAGAUAUGUUCCACCAAAUGAGAUGCCACUUCCAUCAUCUUUCCAAGAAUCAAUUGAGUCAUUAUCUUUUCAAGAGGAGGUUCCAAAAGGUCCUGUUGGAAUAAGUGAUAAGAGAAACAAACAAAGUGGGCAAGAUGGAACCUCAAAAGAUUUUCCUCUUAUCAUUAAGAACACUGAUGAAGACAAAGUACAUGAACAAAAGAGGCGCAAAUAUGCUGCUUGGAGUAUAGCAUUUGUAUGCAUUGGAGUUCUUAUUCUUACAUCAUCAGCCUCUGCAUUCUCAUUUCCCGAAUACUUGCGCUAUAUAAUAUGUUCUUUGGGAGGUUUGCUCUUCCUGGUUGGCCUGGCCUUACUCUCCUGGAUUGACCAGGAUAAUGGCCGCCAUAGCUUUGGACAUUCAGGAGGUUUCAUUUGUCCCUUGGUUCCUUUUCUCCCUGUCUUGUGCAUUCUUAUAAAUUCAUACUUGCUUAUAAAUCUAGGUUCUUCGACAUGGAUGCGUGUUUCGAUCUGGUUGGCGAUUGGUGUUUUCGUAUACCUAUUCUAUGGGCGAUCGAAUAGCUCAUUAACCGACGUAAUUUACGUGCCGAUUGCACAUGCGAAUGAGAUCUACAAGUCUUCAACUGAAUAUGUUGCCUAAAAUGUAAAGCAGUCCUUAAUUUCAUCAGCAAAGUAUGUGAUGCUGAAGCCAUCUCAUGAAGAACCUACAGUGAAGUCUGAAGAUUAUUCCAAGCACACAAAGCUUAUCAAUUCUGGAACUCUGUCAACUCCUGAAAUCAGUUCUAAUGUAAAUAUCAUGCAGAAAUGUUGCAGAUCAUGUUAUGUUUGUAAUCAAAUUUGUAUAUUUUGUUAAGUGUUGAGUAUAAGGUUGUUGUAAUUGAACACUCACAUGUAAAUUAUUUUUUGUAGCGUUUUUUUUUUC